AUGGGAGGCCCAUAUCCUUCGAAGACGGCAGCCAUAGGUGGGCUACCGACAGUGUCCACGGAUGUGCCAACCGACGCCGUCUUCAUCUUCCUUUAUAUCUGCUUUGCGGCGGCAAACAUGACCAUCUUCCAGAUCAAUCGACGAAAAGGGCACAAAUUCCUUCCUUCCGCAGCUUUGUUCGGUUUCUGUAUGGCCAGGAUAGCCACACUGUCUCUCCGGAUCGCAUGGGCAACGACACCGCACAACGUACGAUUGGCAAUUGCAGCAUCAAUCUUUGUGAAUGCCGGUAUCCUGAUAGUUUAUGUCAUCAAUCUGAUCCUGGCACAACGCAUAUUGCGAGCCACUCACCCAGAGUUGGGAUGGAACCCGAUAUUGCGGGCAGCAUACAAAGUCUUUUACGCCUGUAUCGCUGGAGCGCUGAUCAUGGUGAUCACAUCGGUAGUGCUCUCAGCAUAUACGCUCAACCCUCACACCAAGCAGGCUUGCCGAGACGUUCAGCUGGCGGCCAUCACCUACCUGCUCGUCUUCACGUGUCUUCCAGCAAUCCAUGUAGCUUUGGCCGUCUUCCUGCCGAAAUCGCAACAUAUUGAGCACUUCGGACAAGGCAGCAUGAAAAGCAAGUUGAUCAUCGUCACCUCAACGGCGCUGCUUUGCAUGCUGAUCUCUGGAUUCAAAACGGGGAUCACCUGGAUGCCUCCACGGCCUGUCACCAAUCCACCAUGGUACAACUCCAAGGCCUGCUUCUACAUCUUCAACUUCUCGCUCGAGAUUCUCCUACUUUGCAUCUUGAAAUUUACCCGGAUCGACAAGCGGUUCUUUGUUCCCAACGGAUCGAAGCAGGCUGGCGAUUAUACACGACUUGCUGAGGAGGGCCAAGAGAAGACAGAGCACCAAUCGUGGUAUGCAGCUUCACAGGGUAGUGAAAGCGGCCUACAACGGACGGAGAAACCUGAUGGCGAAUGUUGA